CCGGGCCGGCCGCACCUGACUCUCGGGCUCCCAGGCUGACGCCUAGUUCAGCUCUCACAGCGGGAGCCGGAGUCCCGGGAGCCCGCACCCACAGGGGGAGGGCGGCGACGCUGCCGGAGCCACCUCGGGACCGAGCUGAGCCACCAUGGCCGAGUUCCCGUCGAAAGUGAGCACGCGAACUAGCAGCCCCGCGCAGGGUGCCGGUGCCUCGGCGUCUGCUCUGCGCCCAGACCUGGGCUUCCUGCGCUCCAGCUUCGGGGUGCUCAUGCUGCUGCAGCUGGCGCUGGGGCUGCUGGUGUGGGCCCUGAUUGCGGACACUCCGUACCACCUGUACCCAGCCUAUGGCUGGGUGAUGUUCGUUGCUGUUUUCCUCUGGCUGGUGACAAUCGUCUUCUUCAUCAUCUACCUGUUUCAGCUGCACAUGAAGUUGUACAUGGUGCCUUGGCCGCUGGUGUUCAUGAUCUUUAAUGUCACUGCCACCGUUCUCUACAUCACUGCCUUCAUCACCUGCUCUGCGGCAGUGGACCAGACGUCCCUGAAGGGCUCCCGGCCAUAUAACCAGCGUGCAGCUGCCUCUUUCUUCGCCUGUCUGGUGAUGGUCGCCUACGGAGUGAGCGCAUUCUUCAGCUUCCAGGCCUGGCGAGGAGAGGGCAGCAAUGCAGCCACCAGUCAGAUGUCUGGUGGCUACGCCUAAGGCACCUGUGCCGUGGCCCACCCUGGGGCUGAAGCUGCUGCUGGGUCACAGUGCAGGGACCCAAGAGCCAGAGGCAGAGCCCUGUGAGGAGUCAGCCUGGUGGGGCUGCACCUGCCCUCCCAGCUUGCCUAAGGACACAGGCCUGAAGUGGCUGUGAUGGCUGGCAAGAGCCAACAGCUGUGACCUCUUCCCCCCUGCCUCUUAUUCAGCAGAAGGUGGUGGGGGAUGUGGGGCUUCAGAGGGCUUCAGCAUCCAAGCCUGGGGCCCACCCUUCUCACCAGCACUAAACACACUAAGACUCAGACCUGCAGCCCUGACCUGCCCUAGUGUGAACCUAACAAGCCACUCAGACUUAUCUCAGUCUUUGUUUCGGGAGAGCUGAGGGUGCACAAACCAUUCUCUCCAAUCCUCUCCUCCCCCAGUAACCCUGUCACCUGUAGGGAGAUGUUUAUGAGAAGACAGGAUUUCAGACCUCCUGGUUAUUUAACACAAAUCGGGUUUAAGCACCUUUUCAAUGACAUCCAACCUCUCUGGGUCCCCCUCCCUCAGCCAGUCUCAGCUGUAACUUUCCCUUUGGGAAAAGCCAACAUCAGUGCCACUGCUUUCCCCCUUGCUGUUGAUUAGUCACAUGGGACACGGAGGGAGGGAAGUAGGAUUUUGCCUGGUGAGCUGUAAUGUGGUUGGUCAUGACUUUGUUGUAUUUUUUUUUUACAAAAAUAAAGAUGGCAUAGCUCAUUUGGAAAAGAUGUGGGGAAUCACAGUUGUUGAAUUGUGUUAAUUCCAGGCAGCUGCAGGAUAAGACCAUGGAAAGAAUGCCCAUCACGGGGCAGCUCGAGCUGUGGAUUCACUCAGCACCACUAGCCAGCUGUGUCCUGAGGGAGGCCACCCACACUUCCUGCCUGCUUGUUGGACAGUCCUGGCAGAAGUUCAAAAGCACCUCCUUUUAUUCCUAAGUAUCCCAGGGGCUGGGGAUGUAGCUCAGUGGUACAGCGCCCUGGGUUCAAUCCCUAGCAUCACACUGCAAACAAGUAACAAAAAAGGUGUUCCAGGGUUAACAAUAUUUAGUUACCACCCUGGCUUUAUUAGCAAGUUAGGUGAUCUUACAGAUAUAGGAUUUCAACACUGUCAUCGAUCUCAAAAAUCUGUAAAGCUCUGAGAUGACACAAGGUAGCUAUCAGGAGAUUCUGAGAGCUGGUAGAGACAGCUCAGCUCUCCUAACCUCCUUUUUCUAAAACCAGAGGGAAGCACUCUCACGAUAGGCCAAAGGCAUUUCUAAGUACCCUGUGAUGACACCCCAACCCCCUUUUUUUUUGGGAGACGGUCUGUCUAGUCCAGGCUGGCCUCAAACUCAUGGUGAUCCUCCUGCCUCAGCCUCCCAAGUGCUGAGAUUACAGGCAUGUGCCGCUAUGCCCAGCUCUGUGGUCCUUUCAACUGGCAAAAAAUGAAGAGUCAAACAGCUGUGGAUGACCCAUUGUGUUACUGAGGGAUGGGGAUCACAGGGGGACCCAUACUCCAGUUUAUGCUGUGUCCUGGUAUAAUAUUAACAGCAUCUCUUUACAUUCAAUGUUUAAAGUUUGAAUAAUAAAUUAUAGUCAUUCCAGGAUCAUGGUGGAAAAAGUUUGACUUUAAAGAAGAGCAACCAAUGCA